AAGAACAGUUUCAUUUCCGGAGUCACCGGAAGCAGCUUGAAAAUGGCGUCUCCCUCGCUGGUGCGGCCAGAAAAAGGGGUUGGAAAAAGUGAAUUUCGUAACCAGAAGCCGAAGCCGGAGAACCAAGAUGAAUCAGAACUCCUUACGGUUCCUGAUGGUUGGAAGGAACCAGCCUUUUCCAAAGAGGACAAUCCCAGAGGACUUUUGGAGGAGAGCAGUUUUGCAACUUUGUUCCCAAAAUACAGAGAAGCUUACUUGAAAGAGUGUUGGCCAUUGGUGCAGAAAGCCUUAAAUGAACAUCAUGUUAAUGCAACCCUGGACCUGAUCGAAGGCAGCAUGACUGUUUGUACUACAAAGAAGACUUUUGAUCCAUAUAUCAUCAUUAGGGCCAGAGAUCUGAUAAAACUGUUAGCAAGGAGUGUUUCAUUUGAACAGGCAGUACGAAUUCUUCAGGAUGAUGUUGCAUGUGACAUCAUUAAAAUAGGUUCUUUAGUAAGGAAUAAAGAGAGAUUUGUAAAACGAAGACAACGGCUUAUUGGUCCCAAAGGAUCUACAUUGAAGGCAUUGGAACUCUUAACUAAUUGUUACAUUAUGGUUCAGGGAAACACAGUUUCAGCCAUUGGACCUUUUAGUGGCUUAAAAGAGGUUAGAAAAGUAGUCCUAGAUACUAUGAAGAAUAUUCAUCCAAUUUAUAACAUUAAAAGCUUAAUGAUUAAGAGAGAGUUGGCAAAAGAUUCUGAAUUACGAUCACAAAGUUGGGAGAGAUUUUUGCCACAGUUCAAACAUAAAAAUGUGAAUAAACGCAAGGAACCGAAGAAAAAAACUGUUAAGAAGGAAUAUACGCCAUUCCCACCACCACAACCAGAAAGUCAGAUUGAUAAAGAAUUGGCUAGUGGUGAAUACUUUUUGAAGGCAAAUCAGAAGAAGCGGCAGAAAAUGGAAGCAAUAAAGGCUAAACAAGCAGAAGCCAUCAGUAAGAGACAAGAGGAAAGAAACAAAGCAUUUAUUCCACCUAAAGAAAAACCAAUUGUGAAACCUAAGGAAGCUUCUACUGAAACUAAAAUUGAUGUGGCCAGCAUCAAGGAAAAGGUUAAGAAAGCAAAGAAUAAGAAACUAGGAGCUCUUACAGCUGAAGAAAUUGCGCUUAAGAUGGAGGCAGAUGAAAAGAAAAAGAAGAAAAAAAAGUAACAUACCCAAAACUCCUUGACUAGAACUAUCUCCUUUUGUAAAGGAUUUCGAGAUACCAGGCAUUAGUUGCCUUAUUUGUGAGAAAUUUUCUGAGGGGUUUUUUUUUUUUUUUUGGUGGUGGUGGUGGUUCAUAGAAGAGUGUUAUUUAUAAAUUAUUAUUGUAUUUUUUGAAAAAUUUAUACUAGAAAGUGGUAUAUAUGUCUGUAUACACGACGACCAUUGUGAUUAUCCAUUAAAUCCAGUGUCUGAUGCUAUUGGUUAGUCUUCAAAUAUAAUGAUGUCCCAGCAUUUGAUGCUCCCUCUCUAAUGAUAACAAGUAAAUAUUUAGGUUUAUUGCUUUUGAAAAUUUGGUUUUACUUUUAGCAGUCCAUGAACAGAAAAUUAAGGCCUCUAAAAUCAGAUCCCCUAGUUACUCCUCUGUUCUGAAUCUGGGGAAGUGGUAAACCAAAAAGACAGAGAAAACCAGAUAUUUAGAGUCAAAGCAGCAUGCAAAAGAUAAUAAUGUUUUUAACUAAUGAAGGCUACUGGAGCUAAGAAUCACCUAAAAAAGUGCUACUGUACCUUGCUCAUUUUGCAGAUUUGGAAGCUGAAACAUGGGUUAGAGUCCACCUGUGGCAACCUGCAAACAAUGCUUAUUUAUAGUAAAGAUGAGUUUAUCUGAUUGAUAGAGUUAGGAAGUUUCUUCUUCUGAGUAAGAGUAUUGCUGUAACAUAAAUUUUUUUCUGAAAUGUUUUAAAAUAGAAAUACAACUAAUUGUUAUUGGUUAAAAAAAAGCCAUAUGUGAA